GGAGGAGGAGGAGCUCCGCUGGCCGCCGCGCGGUCCUUCCCGCGCCCCUCGGGCGAGCCCCGUGGCUGCGCCGCCUGGGGGAGGCGGAGAGGAGGUUUGUCAACAUGACCAAGAGAACCGAUACCCUCCACUUCCAGUUUGACAACUACGGGGACUCCAUGCUGCAAAAAAUGGACAAGCUGAGGGAAGAGAAGAAGUUUUGUGAUGUCACUGUCUACAUAGACGACCUUGAGGUUCACGGCCACAAAAUAGUCUUUGCUGCUGGCUCCCCUUUCUUAAGGGAUCAGUUCCUGCUGAAUGACUCCAGGGAAGUGAAAAUCUCCAUCCUCCAGAGUUCGGAGGUUGGGAGGCAGCUGCUUCUGUCCUGCUACAGUGGCGUCCUGGAGUUUCCCGAGAUGGAGUUGGUGAACUACCUGACGGCGGCUAGCUUUCUUCAGAUGAGCCACAUUGUGGAGCGCUGCACACAGGCCCUGUGGAAAUUCAUCCGGCCAAAACAGCAGCUUGAAAACAAAGAGGAGGGGAAGCAGCCGCAGCAGACUGACUCUUCAGAGCCAAACGAGUGCUCAAGGAUAGGGAGUAAGGAGGAGGAGGAGGAGGAUGACUCCUUGCUUCCAGACUCUCCAUGCAUCCAACCCUCUGAAGACAGCCUGGACAUGGACGAUAGUGACAUCCAAAUUGUGAAGGUGGAGUCCAUUGGGGAGGUUGCAGAGGUCAGAAGCAAGAAAGACCAGAACCAGUUUAUUUCCUCAGAGCAGCAGAGCAGCCUCCACUCACCAGAGCCUCAGCACUCCCUCAUCAAUUCCACGGUGGAGAACCGAGCUGGUGACCUGGAGCAAGGCCAGCUCCACAACUACACCCUCUCGUACAUGGGGGGAGACAGCCUCAUCAUGGCUUCCAAAGACAUGUUUGGCACCAGCAACCGGGGGGUGGACAAAGGCCUUCAGUGGCACCACCAGUGCCCCAAGUGCACACGCGUCUUCCGGCAUCUGGAGAACUACGCCAACCACUUGAAGAUGCACAAGCUUUUCAUGUGCCUGCUGUGCGGCAAGACCUUCACACAGAAGGGCAACUUGCACCGACACAUGCGGGUGCAUGCGGGCAUCAAGCCCUUCCAGUGCAAGAUCUGUGGGAAGACCUUCUCGCAGAAGUGCUCCUUACAGGACCAUCUCAACCUGCACAGUGGGGACAAGCCCCACAAAUGCAACUACUGUGACAUGGUUUUCGCCCACAAGCCCGUCCUUAGGAAGCACCUCAAGCAGCUCCAUGGCAAGAACAGCUUUGACAACGCCAAUGAGAGGAAUGUCCAGGACAUUGCCGUGGAUUUUGACUCCUACAGCUGCAGCUCAGGCACAGACUCAAAAGGCUGCCAGCAGGCCGAGGCCAGCCAGGCGCUGGACACUGGGAAACUGGCGCAGGCAGUGCUCAGUUUGCGGAGCGAAAGCACCAACGUGAAUUGAAAUGGGUGAUGGAGCACCUCUCUAUGAGCAUUGGGGCAGGAAGAGCCGUGAAGAGCUGCUUCGGGCUUUGGACUUGGGUAUCAGCCCAAGAGGCUCUGCUGGAUAAGCCGCGGGGGCUGAACUGAAAAUUGUAGCAAGCCUUCUGCCCUAGAGUGGUUUGAUGUGUUUGGUGACUCCAAGUGUCUUUGUCCCUAGGGUGAGAAGAACAAAGGCAUAAGCCUGCCUCCUUUGAUAUUUAGGUAAGGCAGCGCUGGAUGACCCCCUUUUUUUGAAGGGUUGUUGAAUUGUACCUCCAAGAAGCAGUUACCAGUUUGUGGGCUGAAGGAGUAAAUACAAACCUGU